AGUGAGUAACACAACAGACAGCAUGCCUCUUUCUUUUUAUUCGGUAUUUGUAUGGAUCUUUUUGGAAUAUUCGUGCUUAGCUUUACUUUUCCACUCUGGACUUUCUCUGUACUCUUUCUUGAGUAUAGUCUUCGGCACGGCCAAAGAUCGGCCUCAGGUGAUCGGGUCACUUCAUCCAAUCGUGGCCGUUCUGGGUGGUGAUGUCAUCCUGCCGUGUCACGUGGAGCCUCAGCUCGACGUGGAGGAGCUGACGGUGGAGUGGUGGAGGGCAGACGUCCCACCGGACCCUAGCGAUACACAGAGCGACUACCGGUAUGUCCACCGUUACCAUGACAAACACCACGAGGAGGACAUGAAGAAGCCGGCGUACGCUGGGAGGACGGAGCUGUUCACAGACGGCCUGAAACACGGAAACAUUUCUCUAAAGAUCAGCAACGUGAUGUGCUUUGACAAAGGAAGUUACAGAUGCCAAAUCCCACAGCUGGGGAGUUCUUCAAUCAUUGAAGUUACUGUUGCUCCGCCUAAGAGGAUCGGGUCACCUCCGCAGUGUUCUUGGCGCAAAGAUGUCAUCAAGGACGCUGUGAAAUAUAAGGAACGUUUCUUUUUUUAUCUUUUUAUUUUUUUUUAUUUUCUUAUUUUUAUUAGAUUUUUCGUUUUUAUUUGUUUCUGACAAAACAAUCACAAGCCACAUACAACACAGAACCACAAACUCAUCAGACAUUAC